UAAACAUAUAUUUUUUAUGGCUUAAAAAACUGGACAUCGAACCGGUGAACCGGCAUCCGACCUGUAAAACCGACAGCCUCACCGGUUUGAUUACUGGUUUGGUAUUUUAAACUAUGCCCGCCCUACCUCCAGCUCAGGCCCGGCGGCUCACUCCCACACUACUUCUCCUCGCCGCGCCGCCCGGCAGCCGGUUUCUCCUGCUCCCCUAUUGGUUUCCUCCCCUUCCGCAGCUCCUUGGCCAGCGCCAGCUCUUUCACUCUGCGCGCCGUCUCCUACCCGUCCUCUUCCGCGUGCACGGCCUCUUUUGCGAGGGCCGCCACUGGGAUUGAUAGGAUGCUCCUCCACCACCUGCUGCUCCUCUGUCAUGUGCGGCGGCAAGUCUUGAAUUUUUUUUAUGAUGCAUUGUCAAAGAGUAAUGGACAAUUAAUGGCAAUCCGUCUUCUGUCGCGUCAAAAUCUGAGGAAGCUGGCUGCUUCCUUCACACUCCUUAAUCCAUCCCAGAAGAUACUGCUUUCUCCUCCCCCUCCGGCUCACAGAUCUGAUGCUAUUUCCCCUAGCAAAUGCUUAAGCCCCUUUUACCCGUUUAUGUAUUCACGGGGUGUUAGAUGGGCUAGCUAUGAAUCAGUGAAUCUGGUUUUGUCUGAUGAUGGGAAACCCAAGUUUGAGAUUGAGGAGGUGGAGCCUUCCAAGAAGGGGAGGUUUUUGACAAAGAGGCGUUUGAAGCUUCAGAGGAAGCGGGAAAAGAGGAAAAGGAAGGAGGCCAAUAAAAACGAUCCACGUCGUAUCAGACCCAAGGGGAAAAAAAUAAAACAGAAAUUUCCUACACCUGAAGCUCGUCUCAAAUACAAGAUCGAGAAGUCCAAAUUAAAAGAAGCUAUGUUGGUUGAGAAGCUAAAGAGGUACGAGGUUGCGAAAGCUGAAGGCCCUGUCGCCAAACGAGAUGAUCUCGAUGGUGAGGAAAGAUUUUAUUUAAAGAAAGUUUCACAGAAAAAGUCAAACUAUGUCCCGAUUGGAAGGCGAGGAGUAUUUGGGGGUGUAAUUCUGAACAUGCAUUUGCACUGGAAGAAACAUGAGACUGUCAAGGUCAUCUGUAAGCCCUGCAAACCAGGGCAAAUCCAGGAGUAUGCAAAUGAGAUAGCUCGGCUGAGUGGUGGUGUCCCUAUUAAUGUUAUUGGAAAUGACACCAUAGUCUUCUACCGAGGAAAGGACUAUGUUCAGCCAGAAGUCAUGUCACCAAUUGAUACACUGUCAAAGAAAAAGGCACUUGAAAAAUCAAAAUAUGAACAAUCACUGGAGACAGUUCGGCGUUUCAUCGCAAUCUCUGAAAAGGAGCUCGAACUAUACUAUCGGCAUGUUGCACUCUAUGGAAAACCACAACCCCAGAAUGCUGAUCUGGUCCAUGGUGGUGGUAGCCAGGCUUCUUCACCGGAAAUGGAGGAAUUGAAUCAUGGAAAGGACCAAGGACCUCAUCUGGCUAGGAAUGCUUUCUCUAAUGUUGACAUCAUGGAUACAUCCGAAUCUGAUGAGGAAUAUGACUCUAGUAGUGAAUCUGAUGCCAAUGAUGUUGCGGCUGGAGAUGCUGUAGACAGUUCUGAAGAUACUGAUGUUUCUGAUCACAGGCUGUUCUAGGUGAGUGAGGUGCAGUUACCUCUUGUGGCACUCUUCAUAACGUUGAUUGCUUCAGAGUGAGCCACAAUAUUAUGACAUGGGCAUUUAUCUUCAUUUAGGAUAGAUCUGACAGUUCUCAAGACGAUGUUAGUGUGCUCAAAUCACUAUGGGUGCAAGUGGGGCGUGGCUGGCCCCUAAGCUGCUGUCCGGCCUUGCAAACCAAGCCAAAUAAACGCCGCUGGACAGAUCGCACUUGCUCAAGCGGGUUCAAGCUGCUCUGCCUGCUUUGUCCGGUGGGCAUCCCACAUACCCCGCAAGAAGAGUUGGCUGUCUCCCGAUGGAAAUCCACCAGUUCCAUCUCCUCCUAGAGGCUACAACCGGCAGCAGUGCCACCACCUCUGUCGCCAGUGUCCCCUGCAGUGCAUCAUGUGGUGUUUGUCAUCAGCAUAGUAGCCAAUUGUGCCAGCUGCCAUAAGCAAAGUAAGAGAGCUUGGAUUUUGACCAUCCUUUUUCUGUAGGUCCUAUAAAUUUCAUGUUCCAGAGUUACUUGCUAGUAAAGACCCAACAUUGCCCUUUGCUAAGUUUAAUCACAAUUCAGUGCGAUGGUGGUCAGCUCAUGCACUUCACCUCUCA